AUGGUCGGUAUAAUCGCAUGGCUGUUAUUCCUCCAGGGACCAAUCGCCAGUGUGACGGAAGAACUUUCAACUGUAUAUAACGAACGCGUCCUGGUUGCCGCAGCUAGUAUAGAACUAAACAACAAUGAGCAGCUGUUUGUAUUUGACGUGAAGUCUUGUGAUGACGUUACUCUAUAUCUCCAAGACGACAUUCAGGAAGAAUAUCAAAUCACCAUCAGAGCAGGAUCGGUCGUCUCGGAAAUUGCAGCCUGUCGCGGAGGUCAGUGCCAGGUGGUGGUCAAACCUAUGGUGGAGGAGGAAUUCUGUUGGGGUCACGCAUCCUUCUGGGUGAGCUCCCGUACACUCGACAAGAUCCUAGAGUUCGGCAAGGGAUGCGAGAAAGGGAAUGUCGUGUUGGCAUCACUCGACACAGGGAACGACUUCCGGAUCACGAAGGUCCAAGUGUCUGCCAGAUUGACAGGAAGCUGGAAGUUGGGGGACAGUUCCGUGUGUUACAACAGCAGCAGAAACACUUCCGACAACACCCCCCAAGCCUUGACAAAUACAACCGAUCUCCCACCGCAGUCUCCCGCAAACGGAAGCAGCCAAUCUGUCGUGACAACACAACUCACCACCAAGAUGCUGGGCUCCUCAGCCUCAGCUCCUACCGUUACAACCCUCAGCCUCCUGUCUGCUGUCGUCGUCAUCGCCCGCCUGUACAGGUAGAGAACGUGGUAUGACCUUCAAGAUCUGCAGAUAGCAAUGCCUGUACAAUGGAUUUCUACAUAUCGAAUGUUAUCUAACUUUUAUAAAAAAAUAAAACGGCUGAUCAAAUUGUU